AUGUUGUGUUCUCCCUCCUCACCCUCAAUGAGCUCCUCUUCGCAGUCUAUUAGGCUGUCACAUUCACCACCCUUCUUUGGCUUCUCUGAUGUUGCGCCCACAACCUCCAGCACCACUGAUUUUCGGGCUAAUUCUCAAGCAACCUUCCUCUUCGUAGACUCCUACCAAGACCAGGCGAAGAAUGCUGCAAUAAAGACACAAAAGCAGGCAUUCCUCGCAAAGAACUACCAUAGAAAGAAGAAGCAGGCUUCUAUACAGAGACUAAAGAGCUCCAACGCUGUACCAAAAGAUCACCUUCACAUUGGAUACAAAUUAGCAAAUGAUCGCCCAACUUCCGAUACCAACCUUUCGACUCCGUCUACAGGAAAAAAUGGGAAGAGCGAUCUAAGGAGAAAGCCGGAUAGUCCUCCUGGCCGACAGGUCGCUAUGGGGUCUGAGAUAUGGUCUCUGAACGCUUAUCUGGGCCAGGGCUGUGUGGACCCCUUUUCCUCAUCAGCAGUGAAGAUGACAGAUUUGAUGAACCAGUACUUUCAUCACUUCAGGAUCCAUACGGUUGUAGCGUGCUACCCCCUCGAAUGGAAAAGAAUGAGUAUAUGGUGGUGGCAAAAAGCAAAUACUACCCCGGCUCUGCUUCAGACCCUACUUUUCUCAACGGCCGGCCACCUGGCAGCUUCACAAAUAAACAGCGGCAUGGCUCCUCACCUAAUUCAGAAGUCGAUUCAUGAUUGCCUCCACCUCAAAGGGGUUACUCUCAAGACCCUGAACGAUAUUAUGCAAGAUCCGGUGAAAGCUGUUGCUGGGUCCACUACUCUGGUCGUUGCUUCCCUUGUAGCAAUCGAGGCUUGUAGUGCCAGUUUUGAGGCUCUUGAAGCCCAUACAAAGGGACUGCGGAGACUAAUCCAUCUAAGGGGAGGAUUGGACACAUUAGACCACAUGACUAUUUCCAAGAUUUACCAACUAAACUCCAUCUCACACCGCAGGAGCGAUGUAAAAAGCGCAGCUUUGAAGAACACACAGCCCAUGUUCCCAAUAUCAGCCCGAUGGCGCAGUGAGAUCCUACAAGACUCCAAGGUCUUCCUCUCAAAGGAAGACCUGGAGACACCCGAGAAUCUGUUGUCUCUUGGUGUAAACUUCUUCCACUCCCCAUGGUAUGGGGAGCUUGAUUCAAACAUGAAGACCUUCAUCCGGGCCCUCCGCAGACUCAUUCUUUACUACGAAGUCGCACAAGUUCGACCAUCCAUUGUAAUACCCACAGAUAACGAUCUUUUCCUUGUCUUUGAACAUGAGCUCCUAUCCGCCAAGUACUGCGCAGAAGCCGACGAUGUCCACGAAUCGCUCCGUCUCACCCUCAUGAUCUAUGUGAACCUUCGAAUAUUUCAUUUCCAGAAAUUCCCAAUCAUGGAACACAUGGCCCAAACACUAAAGCAGAGCUUGGAGCUCCAGUACUCUUAUCUUGAAAGUACCGCUCCUGAAUUAUUGUUCUGGAUUUUGUUCAUUGGCAGCAUGGCCUCUCAUGGCUACAAGUCUCAUUAUUGGUUUGUCAACGGUUUGACCGAGAUGACGCGCCGACUUGGAUUGGGGGAAUGGGAUAAAGCACGCUCGGCUCUGAGGGGAUUCUUCUACACCGACCAGCUUACGGAGAGGGAAGCAGAGGAGAAUUUAUGGAAUGAAGUACUUUCAGCAGAUUAUGCUUAUAUUGCGCCGAGACGAAGUAUAGAUAAUAAAUAAAGGCUAUGAUAUCUUAAGGAAUAAAAUGUCGGUUUUUCAAGC